AUGUCCGACUCUAGCCCGCUGAUCGGCGAAGAUGCCGACGACGCCCGCAACUUGCGGGAUCGCUUAGCUGAUAUUUUCCGCUCAAGGCCUUUUUCUCAAACCGAGCCCGAUGAGGCCGGGGUACGAUCUGCACGAGGCUUGGGAAUCACGAGUGAACCCGAUGCGAGAACCCGACUACUGGAGUCGUACGACCGUUCGGACCCUGCCUGUGGCGACAGACGCUGCAGCCAUGGGACUUUCUCGCCGCAUGUUGAAAGCACUGAAGGAGUCUCGUAUUUGGGUUCAUCAAAUAGACACUCUGCAGCGAAUGGGGUUGGAGAAGCCGGGGAAGCAUCUGGUCCUCUUCGUGGAGAUGACGAGUUUCCACAUUCACGCCAGGACUCAGAAUACACACCGCAAAUGAAAUCCUCUCUUACCGCCUUGUCCAUGAACGAUUCUAAGAAGCAGUACAUAUCUUAUUAUAUUCCUUUUUUCAAUUGGAUUAGCCAGUACCAAUGGUCCUUCUUGCGUGGAGAUUUCAUAGCAGCAUUGACCAUCUGCUCAGUCUAUAUUCCAAUGGCAUUGUCUAUGGCUGCGAAUCUUGCUCAUGCUCCCCCAGUUAACGGUCUUUAUUCGUUUGUGAUACACCCUCUUAUUUAUGCAAUUCUUGGAAGUUGUCCACUCCUCGUUUUGGGACCAGAGGCGGCCGGAUCUCUCCUUACAGGCGCGAUCGUGAAGGCCAGUAUCCUGCCUACCGAUUCUCCAGAAGACAUAACCGUGAAGAGUGCUAUGGUGAUUGGUAUAUCGACUGCGAUGACAGGUACUAUGGUUCUUAUCGCUGGGUUGAGCCGAUUGGGAUUUCUCGAUAAUAUGCUUAGUCGUCCCUUUCUAAGAGGCUUCAUCACAGCUAUCGGAUUUGUGAUUUUUGUGGACCAACUUAUCCCGGAACUAGGCCUCUCAAGCAAGGCAAGCGAAACCGGUGCUAGCCAUGGCACCACAGCUGCCAAGUUGACAUUCAUCAUUAGAAAUGCUGGAGAUUGUCAGCUACUAACCUCCCUCGUUUCACUUGUGAGCUUCACGAGCAUCAUGCUUUUCCGGACGCUGAAAAAGUAUUUGACACCCAAAUAUCCUCAAUUAGUAUACAUUCCUGACCGUUGUCUGGUUGUAAUCCUGUCUGCUAUUCUGGCAUGGCGCCUGGAUUGGGAAAACAAAGGACUCGAACUCCUGGGCCACACUGAGAUCAGUGCAAGUCAACUGUUCACAUUCCAGUGGCCAUUCCAAGCCAAGUACAUGGAGUAUAUCCGGACAGCCAUGAGCAAAGCUUUCAUUAUCACUCUCCUUGGAUUUUUUGAGUCUUCAGUAGCGGCAAAAGGUCUAGGCGAUGUUAAAUCCGAUGGAAUCCAGGGCAUGCAUAUCAGUGCGAACCGUGAGAUGGUGGCGCUGGGUGUUGCUAACUUAGUGGGUGGUUGCUUCAUGUCCCUCCCAGCCUUUGGAGGAUAUGGUCGAAGCAAACUCAAUGUGCAAACUGGUGCCCGUUCUCCGAUGAGUAGUGUUUUCAUUAGUAUUAUCACACUCAUUGGUAUUCUUGUCCUUUUGCCAUACCUCUACUACCUUCCGAAAGCGGUUCUCUGUUCCAUGAUCUCUGUGGUAGCAUUCUCACUCGUUGAAGAAUGUCCCCAUGACCUCAUUUUCUUCAUUCGCCUUCGUGGAUGGACAGAACUCAUGCUCAUGUCCCUAAUUUUUGUCGCAACUAUUUUCUAUUCCCUCGAGCUGGGAAUGGCCCUCGGUAUCGCUGUUUCCGUCAUCAUUCUUAUUCGCCAUGCUACUCAACCUCGCAUUCAAAUCCUUGGAAAGGUUCCCGGAACCUCUCGCUUCGAGAAUGCCGAACUCCGACCGGAAGCCGUUGAGAUAAUCGAGGGCGCCCUGAUUGUCAAAAUCCCCGAGCCGUUGACAUUCGCCAACACCGGUGACCUGAAGAACCGUCUUCGUCGACUAGAACUUUAUGGAACUAGCCGAGCACACCCGUCUCUUCCCCGAAUGCGCCCUGCUGAGUAUAAUAAGAACAUCAUCUUUGAUGUUCAUGGCGUCACAAGUAUCGAUGGCUCUGGCACCCAGGUCCUCUCGGAGAUUGUGCGCGCGUACACGGAGGAUGGGACCAGGGUUUUCUUCUGCCGACUACCCAAUGAGAAGGUGUUCAAUAUGUUUGAACGCAGUGGCAUUGUCGAAGAGUGUGGUGGAAUGCCUCAUUUUGUGCCAAGCGUCGAUGAGGCUCUACGCCUGGCCGAAUCAGAGGAACGCUGGGAGUAA